AUGACAUGGGGCGAUGGACGUGCAAAAAUGCUCGAUAAUGGCAAAAUUCUCAAUCUCUCCCUCGACAAAGCUUCCGGGUCUGGCAUACAAUCCAAGAACGUGUAUUUAUUCGAAAAGAUCGAUAUCCAACUCAAGCUUGUUCCGAUUAACUCUGCUGGCACUGUCACCACUUACUAUCUGUCUUCUCAAGGUCUAAACCAUGAUGAGAUAGACUUUGAAUUCUUGGGAAAUCUUAGUGGUGAACAUUACAUUGUUCACACUAAUGUGUAUACACAAGGCAAAGGUGACAGGCAGCAACAGUUCUACCUCUGGUUUGAUCCCACUGCUGAUUUUCACGCUUAUUCUAUUCUCUGGAAUCCUCAAACAAUCAUUUUCUACAUUGAUGGCAAACCAAUCAGAGUAUUUAACAAUCUAGAAUCGCGUGAAAUUUCGUUCCCAAAGAACCAGCCAAUGAGGGUUUAUUCGAGUAUGUGGAAUGCAGAUGAUUGGGCAACAAGAGGUGGCCUUAUAAAGACUGAUUGGAGUCUAGCUCCAUUUGUAGCUUCUUUAAGAAAUUUCAAGACCAAUGCUUGUGUAUGGAAAUCUGAAAAAUCUUCUUGCAAGAAUUCAUCCUCAAAAACAUAGUCCUCACAAGAGCUUGACCCUGAAAGUCAAGAAAGGCUGAAAUGGGUGUAUACAA